CUAUGCGCCGUACACCAUCUCCGAAUAUAACGACAUCAUUUACCCCAUCUACUUCUCCGGCGUACGAAGACACUUCGGAUGGUUGUGACGCGGUACCCUGUUGCAGCUAUGUAUAUGUGUCACAUAGUACGGACAACGCACCCGCUAUGCCUAUACGCUUACCAAAUGAGACGAACACCUCGGCGGAGCUGCAGCCUAUCUGCAAACCUGCGUUUGAGUAUGUCAUAAUAUAUUGUUACCUGCAUCCUCCUCAGUGUAGAUCUGGAUUCCACUGCAAAUGAACCCUUUGAUGGAAAGACACCUGUUUUAAGAAGCACUUUCAUGAUCUGCUUGCCAGACAGUAAGUUCUUUGCCAUUGUCAUUAAACCACUGCAGCCGAUGAUUACGACUUUGCCUAACUGCUUAAAGGCCAGCCUGUGAGAACGCAAACUUGGCCCUUUUUAGGGCCACCUCCUGUUUCGUUUCCGUGUGCUUCCCUCUUGCCAACCCGACGCAACUGCUCGGUUGACGGCAUUGAUUGGAACAUUCGGUAAAUGAAUCGGACGGUGGCUCUGUAAUCCUCGCAGGAAUGGCCCAAUUGAUGUGUAACUGGGCCUACAAGCCCAUGCAUUCCUUGUUCGCCAUGCUUUCCUUUAGGUACAUUACAUUUACCCCACUCCUUAGUGAUCCGCUGUGUUGACGUGACGCAUAUGACGUGUCCGGCACAUUUGCGUGAGCACUUUGAAUGGGUCUGAACAACAACGUUCCCG